CAUUCUUACACCGCUUCACGUUAGCACAUUCGCUAACAUCCGGGUCAGUGUGUAUCUAACCGCCAUAUUGUGACUCAGGUAUGUCAGCCGUUGUGUAAGGACUUUCAGACCUACAGGUUAUCAGUUAUACUUUAGUGGUAUAGCUAAUGAAACAGAAUUAACAAGCAAAAAGGAUUAAAGGCAAAGUGCUGGAUAAGAAAUUUUUCAUUCUGCCAUAAAUGAUGCUUCCAUCCUCAUCAGUUUGGGUCUUGGUUAUGAACAGAAAGAACCCUUUAGCCAUUAGUAAGAUGAACUUUGUAAUGUCCCGAGUAUGAAUAAAAGAAGUUUUAUUUAAAGUUGCACGAAGUUAUUAUUUUUAUACCAAUCUCGUUAGUUGUCUAACCCAUUUUCUCUACAAUAUAAAGAAAGAAAAACAAUAUUAAAAAUCCUACCUUAUUUUUAACUUGAAUUCCCAAUUUAGUAGCAGUAAUAAAUGUCACGUGAGCAGCACGGCCUGUGGGAAGAGCGAGUAAACAUUCUAGUCUACAGGUAACAAUUAUCGACACAUGAGCCUUAUCUUAUGAGGUCAACUGUCAAAUCAGGCAGACUGAAGCCUCAAGUAACGUUCAUCUGAAAGGAACGACUGCGAUUUUAACAUGGAGGUAGUAGUACAGCCACACGAAAGAGAGUGUGCUGUGUGCACGAAUGACUUCACCACACCAAAGAUUCUACCCUGUGGUCAUCUCCUGUGUCGAGAAUGUGUCAUUACCUGGAUGGACACAAAAUCAGACGCUGGUUGUCCUCUGUGUACCUGUCCUAUAGUAGAGCAUCAAGGCAAUUCAUCUCAAAGUUCAGCCGACGUUGUUGACGCCCUGCCUACAGACUCUGUGAUGGAAGCGAUAGUGGAAAGUUCUCACGUGCUGGGAAAGGAUGACAUGUGCACUGUAUGUGAUGACGUCAGAGCUGAAUACAUCUGUAUCCAGUGCCUUGAAAAGAUGUGUCCAUCGUGUACUAAGAUACACAAAAAGAUGGUAGCUACCCGCAGUCACGAUGUGGAGAGUGUCAGCACUGUGACACCUGAACGUCUGGCUGCCAGCCGCCCUGCACUGUGUGCUGACCACGGCGAGAAACACGCGGAGGCAUUUUGCGCUGAUCAUCACCUUAGUAUCUGUGCAUCGUGUACCUCCAUCAAACACAGAACAUGUUUAGCUGUGAGAGAUAUCAACGACGAAAUGAAAGCGGCUGAAAAUGCACUUUGUGGUUUGACUGACCGGCUGGUUCAGGCCGAGUACAGUCUGAAGCAAGGUACAGAGCAGCUGGCCGUACGUCUUCAGAAGGUGGAGGACAUCGAAGAACAAGACAUGACACAGGUAGACAAGACAUGCGACAAACUUCAGAUCAUGGUGGAAAAUUGUCGAAAAGAACUGAAGAAACAGAUACAGGAUUCACGUUUACAAGUGAAGAAUUCGUUAUUGGAAGUUAAACAAGAACUCGACAAACGUCUGGGGAAAGUGACGUCACACAGGAAUAUAGUGACGCGAGCUAGAGCAGUGGCGCCACGUGCGGGGCUAAUACACGUGACCCAGGCUCUGACAGACAGGGUCAACAGCCUUGACCUCAAUGCCGAGCUAGAUGAAGGAUCUUGGAUGGCUUCAGAUGAGAUAAAAGUGGAAUGCUACAACGAAUUGGAAAAAGCCAUAGAGAAUAAACUACAUCAAUUUCAACAACAAAAACAGACCAAGCCUAAACGUGGACUGUUGGACGCAAAGCCACCAGCCCUUGUGUUCCACGACAACUGCAGUGUGAACAUAGGUCUGACGAAUGGUAACACGACCGCAGAGAUAAUAGAUCCUGCCAAUAUGGUCGGCGACGGGGUGGUCGUGUCACGUGACGCUAUGGUGAUGAACGUCUUGUAUGAAGUCAGAGUGGACGAAGUAUUAGCUAAUAACAGUACAUUAUUCCUGGGCGUGACAAGAAUCCCUCCUGAACGCAUCGAUGUGACGAAGUAUUCAGCAGACCUGAAAGACUCCGUCGUCAUUGCGCCCAAUGAGGUCUACUACUGGGGAAUAUCUAUGUUCGAUACCUUAGGAGAAGGACUCGAGAGACUUCAAGUCGGGAGUCGAGUUGGAUUAAUGGUGGACUCAUCAAACAACCUUCACCUCUACAUGGACGGACAAGACCAGGGUGCUGUAGCAAUACGGGUUACACAACCCUGUUAUCCUGUGUUUCAAAUGUUGCAUACAGUCAUUAAGGUGACAGCACUUCCUACAUCUAAGACGACAUAAAUAAUAUCAAGAACAAGAAGACAGAGAGAGGAAACAAAUAUCUUCGUAGACCUCAAACUGGCCAUUAAUGUUUGGAGUGAACAUUCAAUGUAUUUAUUUUGUUACUAUGCAAAACAAAACAACACAAACUGUCUUCCAUGUGUUUUGUUUACGAUAAUGAAUAACGACUUUCCAUUGAAUGAAUAAAGUCAUCUGAAAUACCUAGAAAUUAAAUGCUCUGUAUAUUCUGUUACACUAGUUAAGUAAUUUAAUUAUAUUUUUAACUGUAAAAAAAUAUUGGUCACAAUCUUAUUUAUUUACAAAUUUCAUGCCUUUUCAACUUCAAGAAAUAUAAAGAAAUCAA